AUGGCCGAUCCGUCCCACUUCGCUGAUCCCUUUUGGGAACCCCAGGAUAAGAUCCCUGUUGCACUCGACGCUCAACCCCAAAUCAGCCCCUUCAAGCCCGCUAAUCUUCUAUACUCGAUCUCUUCUUCCUUGGAGACCACUCCCGUUGGCAUUAAAUUUGCCGUGGGAGGUCUUGGUACCAUUGCUGCCAAAGCUGAUUCCCCCAAAGAAAGCGUCACAUUUACCAUUCGCCCUGAAAAGCGAAAGGAACAGCCAACUCUGAAGCUUGAAAUCACAAAGACUGACUGCAUUCUGUCAAAGAAGGAUAAAGAUGCCGACAAGUUUGUCGCGUAUGAAGAAAAGCUUACGUUUAAGUCUGGCGAGGAUAGGAGCAAGGCUUAUGACCUUGUCACGUUUCCGAAAGGGAAAAGAUCAGCUUUGCUUGACACGUUGACUAAGAAGGCGACUUAUUGGAUCUCGGUUGACAGAAGCAACGCUCGCAUUCGGUAUGGCCAAUCUCUGGUUAACAAUUCCAUGACUUUCAUGGAAAUUCAAUUUAAGAAGGAGGAAGUGAAGGAGGGGGAGAAGGAGAAGGAGAAGGAGAAGGAGAAGGAGAAGGAGAAGGAUUUCUGGAUGGAUCACCUUGUCUCAACUGAAGUCGAGCAAGAUGGUUCUCCAAUUUCCAGCAAAGACAUCAAGUACAAGCGGCACCCUGUCACAGUUGAUCUCCCGCCUGUGGUCAUCCCCCAGUCGGAGAUGACGCUUGACAUACUGGAGAAGAUGACAGCCAUGACGUUUGCCAACCUGCCCCAGGCUUGUCAGAAGCUUUACCAUAACAUCUCUGGGGCCAAGAUCACAGCUAGACCGGAAAACUUCAAGGACCUGCCUGAAGCCAUUGAUGAGAGCUGCAGGGAUGAAAAUAAGUACUGUGGCGACAUCCUCAAGAGAAAGAACACCUUUGGAGAUAAGCUGGAGACCUAUCUUCGCAUCACUGUUGGCGAUAAUCUGGCCGACUCACCCGGUAUCCCCUACGUGAUGGAGAUCUGGCCCACAGGUCACAAGUCGCCCAUCCAUCAGCACGGCGAGGCCUCAGCAGUCAUCAGAGUCCUCUCCGGCAAGAUCCAAGUAUCUUGGUUUGACAAAGUUGAAGAGGGAAGUCCAUCACAAUUGAUUGGCAACCCAGUGAUUCUUGAGGAAGGUCAGGUUACUUGGCUGAGCAAGAACCAGUAUCAGGUCCAUCAACUGGAGAACACCUCGGACAAGGUUUGCAUCACUCUUCAGUGCUAUCAGUUUGAAAAUGAUGACAAUAUUCAUGAUGAGGCGUUUUAUUGGAAGGAUGAGGAGGGGCAUAGGAGGAAGUUUAUUCCAAACAGUGAUAGUGCCUAUGGACUGUUCGUGCAAAAGGUUCACGAGGAGUGGAAGAAAUCACACCCAGCUUAG